AUGUCCAACAUGGCUGAUUUGCGUGCGAAGUACGACGAGGCUGGUCAGUCCCACGUAUUCACGUACUGGGACGAGCUCUCUGAUUCUCAGAAAAGCGAUUUUGAGAGGCAGCUCCGCGCAAUCGAUCCUGUCCGCUUGAAUGCGACUUUGAAGCAGGCACUGGAAGCGGAUCAAGCGGCGCGGGAAGCUCGCGACGUCAAAAUCGAGCCUCCUCCUUCGUCGAGCUUAGUCUCUACGGUAAACAAGGAGGGUGAAGCCGAGAAGUACCGUCAAAUGGGUUUGCGUGCCAUUGCGAAAGGGCAGGUAGGUGUUCUUCUUAUGGCUGGUGGUCAGGGCACUCGGCUGGGCUCGUCAGCGCCAAAGGGCUGCUUCAACAUCCAGCUUCCCAGCGGCAAGAGCCUGUUCCAACUCCAGGCUGAGCGUAUUCAGCAGUUGCAAGUUCUCGGUACGCGCUUCAGUGGCGAAGAUAAGGUCGUUAUCCCUUGGUACAUUAUGACCUCGGGUCCGACGCGGGAGCCGACCGAAACCUUCUUCCGCGAACACAACUUCUUCGGUUUGGACCCCAGCAAUGUAAUCUUCUUUGAGCAAGGUACUCUGCCGUGUAUCUCCAAUGACGGCAAAAUCCUCUUGGAUGACAAGGGCAAAAUCGCUACUGCGCCUGACGGUAACGGCGGGCUGUAUGCGGCCCUGCGCGCCCCGACCGGCCCGGGCCAGCCGUCUGUGCUUGAAGACCUGCAGAAGCGAGACAUUAAGUACUUGCACGCCUAUGGCGUCGACAAUUGCCUUGUGAAAGUGGGCGACCCUGUGUUCAUUGGCGUGUGCCUGGAGAAGAAUGUCGCUGCUGGCGUUAAGGUUGUGAAGAAGACGGACCCUGCCGAGUCUGUGGGUGUGGUGGCUUGCAAGGACGGCAAGUUCAGCGUGGUGGAGUACUCUGAAAUCCCGCAGGACCUGAGCGAGGCUCGCGAUGAGGACGGCGAAUUGAAGAUGCGUGCUGCCAACAUUGCCAACCAUUUCUACACGACCGACUUUCUCGUGAACCAGGUCCCGACCUUCGAAGAAAAGAUGGCGUACCACAUUGCACGCAAGAAGAUUCCAUGCGUUGACCUGACCACAGGCCAGCGAGUGAAGCCCGAGUCGCCCAACGGUAUUAAGAUGGAGCUGUUCAUCUUUGAUGUUUUUCCCUUCUGCACAGACCUCGCCAUCCACGAGGUGGAACGCAAGGAGGAAUUUAGUCCACUUAAGAACGCCAGCGGUACGAGCUCCGACAACCCGGAGACGUCACGCCGCGACUUGCUGGCCCAACAUCGUCGCUGGCUCGAAAAGGCGGGUGCCACUGUGGCUCCGAAUGCCGAUGUCGAGCUUAGCCCCAGAGUGACUUACAGCGGCGAGGGCCUUUCCAAUGUGCAGGGCCACUCUUUCACUAAGACAGAGAACAUUGAGUCGCUCUAA